CGUUGAGGUUUUCGCUGUAUUAUUAGGUGUCUUUAUAUUACAGUAAAAAGCACCUUUAGGUGAAUUCUGAAGGUGCUAGAAUAACAGAUAACCAGCUGGUAAAAGAAAACACACACGUAUAACAGCGCGGUGUGGUUGAGUUUAUAACAUCAGGUCAGACUCGCCGUGACUUUAACAUCCGCUGUUAACGCAGUUCUACAAAGUUUCUUCCUGGAACUGCAGAUGUAGGACGAGUGCCGGAAAUAGUUUGUACUUCGGAGAAUCCUGACUCACACCAACGACGUUAAGUUCUUAGAGAACAAAGACGCUGUUUGCAGUUCUUCAAAACACAGUGUGUUUUCAGCCCACUGUCUGACCUUCAUCACUUCAAAGUGUUUAAACAAGCUUCAUGACGUCACGGCUCCACGCGGUGCCUCCCCCUGACGUCACGUGGAGUCUUUAGGAGACUCGCGCCGGUCAGUGGCUCAGAGGCGGUGUGCGCGCGCGUGUAUCAGCAUGAGGAGCGCGAGGACGCUGCGGCAGGUCCAGGUGGCCGUGACGGUGCAGCGGAGCCUUCAUCACCAGCAUCCUCCUGCGCGCUCCGCGGGGAUCGUCGGAGCUCCUUUCUCCAAGGGACAGUCCCGAGGAGGCGUGGAGGACGGACCGGAGCGGAUCCGAGCCGCGGGCCUGCAGAGGCGGCUGCAGCAGCUGGGCUGUGCAGUGAAGGAUUAUGGGAACCUGACGUUCGAGGACAUGUCCCGGGACGAGCCCAUGGGCUUGCUGAAGAGCGUGAGGGCGGUGGGUGCCGCCAACCAGAAGCUGUCACAGGCGGUGCGAGCGGCGAAGGAGGAUGGGCACACGGCGGUGGUGCUGGGCGGAGACCACAGCCUGGCGAUCGGUUCCAUCCACGGGCACUCUGUGGCGGUUGGGGAGCUGAGCGUCGUGUGGGUGGAUGCUCACGCCGACAUCAACACGCCGCUGACCACGUACACGGGGAACAUCCACGGGCAGCCGGUGUCCUACCUGCUCCACGAGUUGCGCUCAAAGGUUCCCGUCUUACCGAACUUCUCCUGGCUGAAGCCGUGUGUGUCCGCCGCCGAUGUGGUCUUCAUCGGGCUGAGAGACGUGGAUCCAGCAGAGCACUACAUCCUGAAGAUGCUGGGGGUGAAGACCUUCUCCAUGAGUGAGAUGGAUCAGCUCGGCGUGGCCCGCGUCAUGGAGGAAACGUGUGAUUACCUGUCUGCCAGAGGGAAGAAACCGAUUCACCUCAGCUAUGACAUCGAUGCCAUCGACCCCUCUGUUGCCCCAGCAACCGGGACGCCUGUAGUUGGUGGACUCACCUACAGAGAGGGCGUCUACAUCACAGAACACCUGUGUCAGACAGGUCUGCUGUCGGCGGUGGACCUGGUGGAGGUGAACCCUCUGAGGGGCCAGACUGAGGAGGAUGUCCGCUCCACCGUCAGCACCGCCAUCGAUCUGCUGCUCGGCUGCUUCGGACGCGUCCGCGAGGGAAAUCACCUGCCAGAUUAUCGCCUCCCCGAGCCUUAACACAGGCCUCUCUGACCGUGCCGCACGACACCAGCACAAAGGGCCAAUCGGAGUUCUCCCUGCAAAACUACAAUCCCACAAUUCCUGCUGUUUUCUGCCUUGAACCAAAGACGUUGUCUUCCUGUGGAUGGGGUAGUCCAUCGCUGAUCAGCUGAUCGAUCGUUUUGUUUUUGAUUAUUAAAUUUAUAGGUUUGAA